AUGUCUAUGACUGAAAGAGACUCCGAUACCAUCACUGACACUACUAAGGCGAUGUUUGCCGAUAUUAUGGAUGAUGUCUUGGAAAUUAACAGAGGAGCGCUCGAUGCUAUCUCAACACUUGAAUCGGCUUGGGACAAGAUGAGCAACAAGGAAGAUCUUUCGGCAGAGGAGAAUACACAGAUAAAUUUUUACAUGGCGAUGUAUGGUACCUUUAAGGAGACCGACAGUACUGGAAUGGACAGAGCUAAAAGGCGAAAUGCGCAACUGAGGUACUUCGCAAACGAAUACGUUGAAGGCCUGGACAAGGAUAGCUUCCACAUCCGUAUCAUCUGCCAUGAUUCUGGCUGGGAGCUCAUCGAAUACGACGACGAAGACCUCUUCGUAUUCGACGAUGGAGCAGACGGUUAUGCUAUCAGAAGAGAGAGUAAUGUACAGAACAGCGUGUGUCAAAACGAUAAAGGACAGAACAACGCAAUUGCCUUCAUGAUCCACGGGCGAGAUGGCCACGACUAUAUGACCAUUUGCCCACUCGGCUGGGAAACACUCUCGGGAGCGAUACCUGUUCCUGUGCAGAAAGCAAGGUCGCUCUCAGAUUUGGAGUAUGAAGACUUUGAUGACGUGGCGAAAAAGUCAGCGGAUGGCGUUUUCGUGCACGAGUUGACCCAUUCGAAGGAUUUCUGGGGAGCCCUGGCGAAAGACGAUGUUUCGUUAGAUGAUGAGACCAAGGCUUAUGGCUUUGAAGCUAUCGUUGAACUUGCCAAGCAAGGCAACAGUGAGGACGACGCCUCUAAGCUCAGGGCUGGGAAAAAUGCUGACACCUAUAAGUAUUGGGCCGUGGGUGAGUGA